UUUAAAAAUUUCUAGUUAUAGUAAGCGAGCUUUGGUUAAUUUUGAUAUCAGAAUUUUAGGGGUAAAAAAAUGGUUGUUGGGGCAUUUCCAAUAGCGAAGCUUGGCAUGUUGGGAAUGAAACACAUUAGCAAGCCCAUCAGUAAUCUAAUCAAGCAGACGGCGAAAAAAAAUGAAAACUUUAAAAGGUUCGUCGUUUCACCUCCUGCUCGUUUAUAUCAUAAAAUCGAUGUGCGUUCGAAGAUGUGGAUGCUUGGCCUGGGGCAACCCGAUUUCAUUCCUCCGCUCACAGAGGCGAUGACCAUUCAAAUGGGCGGUGAUAUUCUUGGGGAGCUAAUCAUUUUCCUCUUAGGAGUUUUUUUCAUAAUGGGAGAAGUCUCCAGACAAGCUAAGAAGGACAAAAAAAAGCAUGAAGACCACCGUAUCCGACGAGUAGAACUAGAAUCGCGAAUAGAAAACUUAACGGAAAAGGUAAAGCGUCAGGAUCUUGAAAUCAAUCAGCUAAAACGUUUGGUUUAGCACUGAACGG